CGACUUGUUGUGAAACUUUGUGAAACCAAGUGCGGAGAAAGUACACGUGUAACAUCUCUCUAAGGUAAGAAUAUUAAACACCGAUUAAAUCAUGUCUUUUCUAACUGGCUUAUUUAUGUUUCCCAUCUCAUUUUUAUCACGCAAUCAUGACGGGAGUUGUUUGUAGACCUUACAAACUAACAGUCCUAUAAAAAUGGCGCGUUUCAUCUUUAUCGAUCCAGCUUUAUCACCAUCCGAUUUUAGCUUGCAACAUCAGCUUUGGCAAGUUUCCUUUAAUUUGCUUGACUUACAGAAGUUUUUGCUUACUUUGAGGGAUCAUGUUAGGAAGUGCUUUCGGUAGAAAGAAAUCGUUGUCAUAAAACGUAUAUGGUCCUAUUGAAAACAAAUGCUUUUCCGGUACCCGUUGGUUGAAAUUCCAUCACUUCAGAAACGCAAUAUGUCCAGUUUACUGCAAUCUUGCAAUUGCAAGUGGGUGGCUUGUCGGUACAAUACGUAUAUCUUUACACUGUUUUAAUGCUGUUUGUUAUAGAAUUAUAUAAGUUGCAACUAAAGGAAGAAAUAAUACCAUUUUCACUGUGGUCUAUUGACCAGGUACUUUUUUCUCAAGGGACAGAAAGUUAGUGUUUGAAUUCACAAUAUAUUUGGACAAGUCAUAAAAACAUGAAUGCUUUAUUUGCCAUCCUAAAGAAGGAUGGAAUCUCCUAGACUGGUAGAUGGAAGAAUUAAUUUGGAUGCUCCACGUUAUGAGCAGUCAACAUUUCUUGGACGUGCCAAGCACUUUUUUACUAUAACAGACCCAAGAAACAUUCUGCGCACAGCCAAGGAACUUGAUGAAGCAAAAGAUAUUCUUAUCAAGUACAGGUAUAAUGAAAAUUAGACAGGUAUUAGAACUAUACUGCAAUAUUUUUAAUGUGACUUUUAUGUGGGAUUUCAUUCUGGUCCAUAUUUAACAAAAAUAUAUGUAGAGUCAAUAUUUAUACAAAGUCAAGAUGAGUGUAAUACAGCUCUCACUUUUUCAACUUGAGCAAAAUCCCUUUUCUUUAACAUGUGGUUGUAAGAGGAAGCCCAGCAGCUCUUAAUUCUUUCACACGAUGCUAUUGUUUAGAAACAUUUGUCAAUUUUGAUUUGGAACACUAUGGGAAUGUCAUUGGUAUUAAAGCAUGAUAACAGGUUCGUGUGUUUCGCUGAUGUAUCGGCCCAUAUCUUCGUCAGCUGUUGGUCCACAUAUCAGUUGCCAUAUCGAUUGAGUAUUGGUGGCUUGUUGAUCUAGAGUCACACAACUCUUGACUGAUAUAUGGCCAGUAGUCAGCUACUAUAGUUUAUCAGUGAUUACUUCACUGAUGGAACACCGACAGAUCACCAACAUAUCGAUUGAGUAUUGGUGGCUUGUUGAUCUAGAGUCGGACAAGUCUUGACUGAUAUAUGGCCAGUAGUCAGCCACCAUAGUUUAUCAGUGGUUACUUCAGUGAUAGAACACCGACAGAUCACCAACAUGUCACCAACAUGUGGUCAAUGUAAUAGGCGAUACCUUGGUUGACAUAUCGGCCAAUGUAUCAGUCAAGAGUCGGUCGAGUAUCAGUUGAGUCUAGACGGAUAUCUGGCCAGUAGUCGAGUAUCAACCAACGUGUCGACCACAUAGCAACUAGGGUAUUGUCCAAGUAUUGACUGCUACCAUCAAUCGGGGCUGUCUGUAAGACACAUAAUAUCAAGCACAUUCUCUCUAAGAUGAAAAUAGGCCGUGAGUUGUGUAACUAUUAAUACUGUCCACCUCAUAUCACUUGACAAGUACCUUGUAACCUUGUAAAGGAAAAGCCUUGGAGAUGAGGUUGGUAAAAAAGUUAUACAGGUGAUGCUGAUUAUUGACUGAUAUACCACUGACACAUUCCCAACACACUACUGAUGCUAUCAUGACUGACUGUUGGUCUAUCUGUUGAGUGACACUUGACCUAUACUUGACCGACGGUAAAAUACUACUCGGCCAAUGAUAUAUUGACCGACUCUUAACCAACAACCAACACCUGACCAAUAUAGUGACCGAUGUGUUGACCAAGAGCUGACUGAAAUAUCGAUGCAUUAGUCGACACCCCCUGUAAGAUGCAUGAUCCUGUUAAUAUUGCAUUCUGUUUGUAAGCAGGGGACAGAGUGUUUCUCAAAAGUCCUUGUGACUACCCCAGGUAGAAGCAGAGAGGUGAGGGUUUGAGGACUGCUGUUGCAUUUAGAAGAUGUAUAUUCCACUGUUGCUGUAUGGUUGUUUUGUUUUUUCACCAACAGACAUAGAAAUGAACCAGUAGGAACAACAGAUGAACAGGUGUGGAGAGCUAAAAAGAUGUAUGAAUCAGCAUUCCAUCCUGACACAGGGGAAAAAAUGUUCAUUAUUGGCCGCAUGUCAGCUCAAGUACCGAUGAACAUGUCAAUAUGUGGCUGUAUGAUGACAUUUUACAAGUAAGUAUUCUUUCAUCCUUAUUAGGGAAUAUAGGGUUUCCAUUGACGCACAUGUGUGUGUAUUUUACACACAAUAAUCAAAAAGGACAUACACUUCUUUUAAGCCCAGUUUGAAUGUCAUUGAAUGCAUAUCUAAACAGGGUUAGAUCUGUGAAACAUUCGAACCGUGUGAUGUUGAGGAACAGCUGGAACAUUUUGAUGGCAUUGUUCCCAGUCUUGCGAUUAUUGUGACAAAAUAACAUGGCUUCUGCUCUGGAAAAUGCCUCUUGAAAACCCCUGGAAAUGCCAUUUCUGAGACUCUUAAUUUCAAAAUGUCCCUAGAUGCCUCUGCCCUCAAGAACUUGUGCCUUUGGUGCGAGUUCCAAAGCCGCCUACUAUUCAUUAUCAGCCUGCUACUUAAAAACAUUUUGACAGCCCUGAAUCUAUUGCUUUUUUGUGUGAUUUUAUCACCUUGUAUAUCUAAAAAGAAAUGUUAUCUUACAAUAAUUCUCAAGCUUUGUUUGUUUUUUGUUGUGAUUUUCCAGGAGUACAUCAGCUGUGCUGUUUUGGCAGUGGAUUAAUCAGUCAUUUAAUGCCAUUGUGAAUUACACAAACAGGAGUGGUGACUCCCUUAUUACAAAUAAGUACGUUAAUUAUUUUUGUUUUGAAAAAGUAGGCAGUAUCAACUGUAAGUUGGGAACAGAAAUUAAUGUUUGAUCAACACAUAUGGUGUAAUUGAAGGUUAAUAAAUACAAGGAUUUCUUUCACUACAGGCAAUUGUUGACUGGCUAUGGAUUUGCAACGACAGGAGCAAUAGCAGUAGCCUUGGGACUAAACCAUUUGGCAAAGGUAUGAAAGGACUUUUUUGUAAUGUGUGGCACUCCAAGUUUCAGUUUCAACAGUUUUGGCUGCCAUGGCAAGGGGACAAAAUAGAGAAUAAAACUGCAGCAGAAGUCUUCAAAUAUUUGGUGACCUGUGUUUAACAGUUGGUUUAAUAAAAUUGUUGUUAUCUCAAAAUAUAAGAUUUAGAGUAAAAGUAGCUAUAAUAAAUCAGCUGUUUUAUGCAGAUGUUUUGUCUCAAAUGGCAUAAAGUUAAUUUUCUCUUCUCGAUCCUCACAUAAAUUUUAGCUAUUUAAUUGAUGGUAAAUUAAAGUUUGCAGUUUAAUUAAAAUGCAAACAUCUGUUAUUCUGCAGUCAGCACCACCUUUGAUUGGAAGAUAUGUACCUUUUGCUGCUGUUGCUGCUGCAAACUGUGUGAACAUCCCCUGCAUGAGACAGACGUAUGUUAAAACACUCUUAGUAUUUUUUAACAGUAUUACAGCUGUACUAUUAAAGGUACUGAUUUGUAGAGAUUGUACCAUGGCCUAGUGGCUGUAACUGGACUACCUGUGGAUCCUGACCUGGCUUUUCCAUUAGCACUGUUUUGUUCCCUUAGAAGGAAAGAUCAUAAUUCUCUUCAGUCAGGUCUUUGAGGUAAUCCUGGGAUGCAAAGAGCUGUGCUGCCCUGUACUGGGGAGUCUUGGCUCAUUUCAUUGGCACCUUUAACCCAAGGUGCUGAUUUACAGACAAUUCAUCCAUUUUUGCUUUAAUUAAUUUUGGUCUCACUGAAUAACUGUAGCUAUGUGAAGAUUAUUUUUGUCUUCAUCCCUUAGGAAUUUAUUAGAAUUACAUGUACAAAUCUGAAUUGCAGUCCUGCACCUCAAAAUAAGCAGUGCCAGAGCACAUGAGUUAAUAAAUUUUUAUAAGGAGAGUUAAUUAUUUCACUGGGAAGAAUAAUGUUUUGUUUCAUUAUUUUGCUCAUAGAGAACUGGUAAGAGGAAUACCAGUCACUGAUGAAGAAGGCAACAGGAUUGGAGAUUCAAAGGUUGUUUAAUUUUUCAUCUACUAUCAGUAGGAAUAAAGUUCAAAAGUUACAAUUUACUACAUUUGUGUCGGAGAAACUUAGUGUGUGACAUUUAAGACAAGAUUAUGAAGUAUCGAAGUGAUGACUGUUACUGUAAAAUGAUCUGACACCUAAGCAACACCUAAAACCAUUAAUUUUUUUAAAUCUCUCUUUUAAGCUUUCACAUCACAUAUAUUCACAAGAGUCUAUUCACGUAAGACUAGAAUAUCAUUUUGGGGUGUGACUGUUAUUUUUUAAAAAACAUAUUUGUUGCAGCAUCCAUAUAAAUUUCCAUCAUUAAUAUUCAAUCUUUAUACUUUCUGAAGUAAAAUAUUUUCAUGGUGAUAAGUGUAACAAUAAAAACAUGGCAAUACUAAAAGAAGACUGCCAAUGGUUUCCAAUCUUAACUUAGCCUUUGGAAAAUAAUUGGAUAAUCAAACACUUGUACAGUAUAUUAAAAAGCUCCAAGGCAUUUCUGCAUAAACUUGUCACACUCAUAUAAUGAUAAUUUGUUAGACUGUAUUAUUGGCUCGAUAUGUGUAUGAUUUAUGUCACCUGCUUUGUGUGGGUUUGUUUCAGGCUGCUGCAAGAAAAGCCAUAGCAAGUGUUGUAUUUUCAAGAAUUGUAAUGGCAUCUCCGGGAAUGUGUAAGAUAUGCAGUUGAAUGUAUAAUGAUGAUACUAUAUCUUUUCCAAGAGGCAGUAAGUUGCAAGUGACAAGCGACGCGAAUGACUUUGUAAACUAAUGGCUAAAAGCCAUGCAAGAGAGAAACCUCUGCAUGUAGGGUAGUCUCCCUCGCAGCCGUUUUUUGGAUAUCACGCAACCCAAAUUGCGUGACAUCCAAAAAAUGGCUGCAAGGGAGACUACACGUAGGGUAGCACUUUUGGUUUGAACCCUAAUGAGUUGUGUCACAAGUUAGUAUUGAGAAUGAUUGUGUGGAUGAGUGUGUGGUCCUGAAUGGGACUUUUAGUUAACAUACUGCAACAGAUGUUUCAUUUCUAUCAGCAGUCAUGAAUUACAGUGUAUGUCAAUAGUAAUGUUAACUCUAACAUUCAGAUUCACUGAAUGUUUUGUUGCUCAUCUGUCAUUCAAGCUGACUGUUCUUAGAUGUUAAUAAUAUAAAUCUGAGAUUGCAUUUUCAUCUGUCUUUGUUUUCACUUUUCAGCUAUUCCACCAAUUAUAAUGAACUACUUGGAUUCAAAGGCAUUUAUGAAGGUGAUCUUGCAUUUAGUUCCAUAGGAUGUGUUAAUCAUACAUGCAAACUGAGAAAAGUAAUUUGUAUAUUCUCUUGACAACGCCUUUAUUUUCUAUUCAUUUAUUAUUUAUUAAAUCAUAAAUUUUCAGUUUUCUAACAGGCAAGUGAAGUCUUAUUCUCUUUUUCACAAAGUAGUCUUUAAUACAUAUACUUACAUGUAGGUUGUCAUUUUUGUUGUUGUUAUAGCGGUGGCCAAUUUUAGCUUCUCCUAUCCAAACGUGUCUGGUUGGACUGUGGUGAGUUUUGCUAAUUUCAUGUUUAAUUUAAUUGCUAAUUUAAUUACAGACCAAUCUAAAUGUUUUAAGCGGAUACAUUGUAGGCUCAGGUGAGAGUUACUGUUCCAUGUUAGUGGAAGGGCUACUGUCAGUACUUUCUAGCUGAACAUACACUAGAACCUUAGUACAGUACAUGCCUAGGGUUAUAUCUUUUGCCUUGUUCUUUCCCUGCUAGAGAAGAACAACAUUCAAGAAAAUUAAUUUUCUGUUUCGUCAUUGUACAAUAUUUCUUUUAAGAGUCAUCCAUCAACACUUAUUCAAUCACAAUUUUAGUAUUUUUUUAACCUUGGCUUCUUCUUAUUUUUCAUCAUCCUCACAGCUUGGUGUUUGCUACUCCUUUAUGUUGUGCAAUCUUCCCACAAAGAAGGUUAGUUGAUUUUGUUUUGAACACAUAAAAAUUACUUUAAUGUACGACAAAGCUAAUCACCCCUGUGGCAAGUUUAUUUCCCAAUGACGAGUGUUGUUUCUGUGACGUCUGUUAAUUGUCCUUGUGAUUUUUUGAUCAGGGUUAUGUCCUUGUAAUGAGUGUCAGAACUCUGGCUUGACUCUCACCUUUAAAAGCACACCUUGGACACUAUUGUGUCAAACCACAUCUCUUAUUGUACCACUUGAUUGAUAUAAUUGGAUUUGAUGUUCAUCCUUAACUUUUGUAGGGGGGGAGCAUCCUUCCAAACCAUAUACCCAUACGAACUUGAUUCAGCCAGGCAGACUAAGGAAAAUGCAAAAAUUUAUAUACCACUAACUUGGACUAGAGAAUUUGAGUAAUAAUGAACUUUUCCCACGGCGUGCUUGUAUUUACGUGUUCUUUAAAAUGAUUACAAAAUCCUUGUCUGGCUUUUUUGCAGAAACAUUUUGUAUUACAAAAAUAAUGUAUAUUGUGAAUGGUGAAAAAAAGGGAGAAAAGGAAGGAAGAGGUGUCAAAAGAGGAAAUUAAGUAAGAGGGGGGGGGGGGUAGCAAAGGUGUAAUUCUUUGGGCCAGCAUCGCUUUUUGCUUUCUGUAAAUGUGUGUCCAAACCUAAUAUGAAUGCCUGACUUGCAAACAACAUUUUGGGUCGUUAGGAGAUGCACGUAAGCAGAAAAUGGUUUGACCAAUGGAAAUAGCAUUUUUCACCAAAAUUCCCAGUGGAGAAUGGGUUUACACUGUAAGUUGAAAACAAACCACAGGAAUAAGAAACCACGUGGGUGAAAGUCUAAGGGAGGCAAAGCGGCUCUGCAGUCUAAAGAUUUUGUAGACUAAUUUUGAUUCCUUUUGUUGCAGUUCUAUAGCAGUCUCAAAGCUUGAACCAGAACUCCAAGAAAAGAUAAAGAAGAGAGGAGGACCUCCAGUGGAAUAUGUCUACUUCAACAAAGGGCUUUGAAGAAACUUCAAUAUUAAUAUUAUUUAUUGAAAAUUAAUCAAAAUUUUUUAUUAGUCCUUUUGGAAUUUUGAAAUGGUACUAUUAGUUUAGGGGAUUGUUAGGAUUCAUAGACUCAGAAAAACAAAUAUUAACUCAAUUUGGUAUUUACAAAUUGCUGUCCUUAAGACUGUAGGACUGCCGAUGAAAUCUGUUUGCUAUAAUAAAAAAGUGUCAUAAUUGCAAUGAUAUUGUGAAUUAUUAAAGACAGCUAGGAUUGUUUGAUGGAAUUUGAGGCCCUGGUUGAGUAAAAUUCAGACAAGCAACAUGGCCUGGAAAUGGCAAUACAUGACUAGAUGAAAGGGCAACAAAAACAUGCGGAUGGCUUAACGUUUGACAGGGACAUAACUUACUCCUCAAAAUGUGAAAAGAGCAUAUUUGAAAUUCACACUAGGGACAUAAAUAUCCCCCUCCCUCCCCCUAAGAGGGCCUCAGUUGCCAGAGGGACAUUUUGGUCAUUACAAUAAUCCAAAACAAACUGAUAGGUUUAAAGUAAUAAUCUAAAAAUGGCCAUAGGGGCUUAUCAUUGCAAUAAAUAUUAUUAUAAUCAUCUUUGGUAACCAAACCAAAUUGUUUGGUCAUAAUAAUCCUGAUAUUGACGUAGCUAUUGUGCUGAUAGUGAUAAUUCUUAAGGGGUAUAAUACAUGAGACUGUGUGUUUCUAAGUAACUUGUGGAUCUCUAUUUCACCGUUAACUCAAGGAAAAAUAUUAUUAUUUCAAUAUAUGGCUUUUCUCAUAUUUCACUCACCCAAUGUACGUGUAAUAGUAUUUGAAUUAUCUGGAACAAACUUUUACGGUGUUUAAAGUCGUAUUGGAGACCAAAUAGUCAUUCACUGGAAGAAUUACAUAUUACUUGACAUAAUAUACUGUUUUCUUAAUCAUAGUAGUGUGAUAAUGGUGAUCAGUCUCAGUGCUGAUGUAAUAGUUCCCUAUAGAUACUGGUAUAUUAAGUUAUUAAUUCUGGUGUGUUUUAAAUUAAAAGUC